AUGCAACUCCGCAAGGCUGCUCGCAUCAUAUUAGUCGGUGCUCCCGGCGUGGGCAAGGGUACUCAGUCCGAGCGUAUGCUCCAGCGAUUUCCCCAAUUAGCCUCGAUCAGCUCUGGAGAUCUCUUGAGAGACAAUGUUCGCAGACGGACUCCGCUCGGCAUCCAAGCCGAAUCCCUCAUGAAAGCGGGCGCCCUUGUUCCCGACUCGACCAUCUUGCGCCUGAUCACAAACGAACUGACCACCCGGGGGUGGCUGACUCCUUCUACCACACAAAAGCCUCUGAUCAUGAACUCUGUGGCCUCCUCUUUCAAUGCCGUCACAUCUCCUCAAGACGAUUACAUAACUCCAACAACCGCACACCAGCGCCAAUACGAGUUUAGCGAUCAGCCAAACGCCUCUUUCAUCCUCGACGGCUUUCCUCGCACCGUUGACCAAGCCAUCCAACUUGACAAGUUGAUUCCCAUCAAUCUCGUUGUCCAGCUCAACACUCCCACGUCCGUCAUCCUUGAUCGCAUUUGUAAUCGUUGGAUCCACGCUGCAUCUGGUCGGGUAUACAACACUACUUUCAACGCCCCCAAGGUUGAGGGUAAAGAUGAUAUCACGGGCGAGCCACUGAUUCAAAGAGACGACGACAAACCAGAGACAUGGAUGGCUCGUUUGAACAAGUUCGAAGAAACAAGUCAGCCUCUGCUCGAACACUACGACAAGCUCGGUGUUCUGUGGAGAGUCGAUGGUAACAGCAGUAACGAAAUUACCCCUAAACUCUUUGAUGAGUUCAACAAGAGGUUUGGAUUGGCAUGA